GAACAAAACACUCGACGGGGGUCAGUUUAUUUUUAACAGCCACCAGCUGCUGUAGCGUUUUAGCGCGCAAUAGUGAAUAGUAAAGCGAUAACAAGAAAACGAAGCAUUAGCAGUGUGUGUGGCGAAGACAAGCCCCCUUUAUUAUUUUUUUUUUAUGGUCUAAGUUGGUCAAACGAACGACAAAAAGACGAAAAACAAAAAUCGGAGAUAUGAAUGUUUUGGCGAUAAUCGCGUUCGCGCUUUGGGCGCUUUUCAUGCGCUAUUUGCCGAAUAUUUUACAGUUCAUGCGCGUACGACAGUUUGCGUCCACAAUACCAGGUCCCAGUAUAGGUGAACUAAUUGAGAAUGCUAAAAAAGGGCAAAUCCUCUUAUGGUUGAGCACAUUAUACAGAAAGCACGGACCAGUUUUUCGCAUAUGGUUUGGCAAGGAUCUGAUGGUUUUCUUUGCCGAUCCAGAAGAUGUGCGCCAAAUAUUGAGCAGCCACACUCUGUUGAGCAAAUCGAAAAACUAUGAAUUAGUUGAAUCGUGGUUGGGUAAGGGAUUGCUCACAAGCGCCAAUGAAGCUUGGCGUCGUCGCCGGAAAUUACUCACUCCUGCGUUCCAUUUUCGUAUACUCAGCGAAUAUAAAGAGCCAAUAGAGGAGAAUUGUAAAAUUCUUAUAAGCAGAUUACGUGAGAAAGCCAAUGGCGAACAAUUCGAUAUUUAUCCGUACAUAACCUUAUUCGCUUUGGAUUCCAUUCUGGAAACGGCAAUGGGCAUAAAGAAGCAUGCGCAAAUGCAGAGCGAAUCUGAGUAUGUGAAGGCGGUGGAAACCAUAUGUCGCGUUAUGCACAAGCGGUCCUUCUCUUUCUGGCAACGUUUCGCUAUUCUCUAUCGUUUCACCGAUGCCUAUAAAGAGAGCGCCGAAGCUCUGAAAGUACUGCAUGGCGAGACGAAUCGCGUUAUCAAGUUGCGUCGCCAAAUGUUGGAAGAAACAAACAUACAUAAUAUGUCGGAUGCUGAGAAAUCCGAAGAUAUUGGUGGUAAGCGUCGCCUCGCCUUUUUGGAUAUGCUACUCAUCGCACAGAUGGAGGGUGGCGGGUUGACGGACCGUGAAAUACGUGAGGAGGUCGACACUUUCCUCUUCGAGGGACACGAUACCACGAGCUCAGCCAUUGCUUUCUGUAUAUAUUUGCUCUCACAAGAUGAACACGUACAACAGCGCGCUUACGAGGAAGCAAUGGCCUUGCAAGGUCGUGAGAAAGAAUCUAUGCGUUAUCUGGAAGCGGUUAUUAAAGAAACUCUACGACUUUAUCCCUCGGUGCCAUUUUACUCACGUAAAGUUCAGGAAGAUUUACAGAUUGGCAAAUUAACGGUUCCAAAGGGUGCCUCAGUUAGUACGCUCGCUUAUAUGGUGCAUCGCGAUGAAAAGAAUUUUCCGAAUCCUGAAAAGUUCGAUCCUGAGCGCUUUAUGGUUGCUGAAAAAGAUCUACAUCCAUUCGCUUUUGUCGCUUUCAGUGCGGGUCCACGCAAUUGUAUCGGUCAAAAGUUCGCUAUGUUGGAAUUGAAGCUCGUCCUCUCUUCGCUCUUGCGAAGUUAUGAGUUUUUGCCCGUGAAAGAUUUCAAACCCAAUCCCUUGGCUGAGUUGGUGAUGAAGAGUGGUAAUGGCAUUCAGAUACGCAUUCGCCCACGCAGUUAGAAACGAAUCGAACGCUGUCGCUUUAUUCUCAUUACUUUCAUUUUUUGUUUGGUAUCGCAGAUAUUAUUUAACGAUAAGUGAAAGGAAAAUAAAAUUAAUAGGAAUUAAAUAUUUUACAACAAUAA